AUGGGUGCGCGAGAUCGCGGCGCACGGACGCAGGAUCGUCGCGAGAGUGGGGGCGGCGGCGAAGCGACGUCGCGCUGCGCGGCGAGACCCGGGUACGGCCGUGAAUUGUGCCUCAGUAGCCCCAGCCAGCCAGCCCAGCAAGCCACAGCCAGCCUGCCUGUCAGCCAACCAGCGCAGUCGUCAGACGUGUCGGGUGCCGCUAUGGUCUACAAGUCGCCAUCGAUGAGCGCCUUUGGUGCUCCCUUUGGCAGCAUGUCUGUCGCCGAUCUUGGCUCGCUAACUCGUCUCGAGGAUAAGAUCAGACUUCUCCAGGAAGACCUCGAAUCCGAGCGAGAGCUCAGAAACAGAAUCGAACGCGAACGUGCUGAUCUCAGCGUACAACUAAUCGCCCUUACCGAUCGUCUCGAAGAUGCAGAAGGAACCACUGACAGCCAGAUCGAAUCGAACCGCAAACGCGAAGGCGAGCUGAUCAAAUUGCGCAAGCUGCUCGAAGAAUCGCAACUCGAAUCCGAAGAUGCUAUGAAUGUGCUGCGCAAGAAACACCAGGAUGCUUGCCUCGACUACCAAGACCAAAUCGAACAACUCCAGAAGAAGAACGCAAAGAUCGACCGUGAACGCCAACGUCUUCAGCAUGAAGUAAUCGAGCUCACCGCUACCAUCGACCAGGUGCAAAAGGACAAGCACGCUGCUGAGAAGGCCGCCGAACGAUUUGAAGCUCAAACCAUUGAGCUGUCCAACAAGGUCGAAGACCUCAACAGACAUGUGAACGACCUCGCCCAACAACGUCAACGCCUUCAGGCUGAAAACAAUGACCUUCUCAAGGAGGUUCACGACCAGAAGGUUCAACUCGACAAUCUACAACACGUUAAGUACACCCUUGCUCAGCAACUCGAAGAAGCUAGACGUCGUCUGGAGGAUGCCGAGAGGGAACGCUCGCAGCUCCAGUCUCAACUGCACCAGGUGCAGCUUGAACUCGACUCCGUGCGCACUGCUCUCGACGAGGAAUCGGUUGCUCGCUCGGAUGCUGAACACAAGCUCAACCUUGCUAACACUGAAAUCACCCAAUGGAAGAGCAAGUUCGAUGCCGAGGUUGCUCUCCACCACGAAGAAGUCGAAGACCUUCGUAAGAAGAUGCUACAGAAGCAGGCUGAAUACGAAGAGCAGAUCGAGAUCAUGCUCCAGAAGAUUAGCCAGCUUGAGAAGGCAAAGAGCAGGCUUCAGUCUGAAGUUGAGGUUCUGAUUGUCGACUUGGAGAAGGCCCAGAACACUAUCGCAAUCCUCGAAAGAGCCAAGGAACAACUCGAGAAACAAUGCGCGGAACUCAAGGUCCGCAUCGACGAACUGAAUGUCGAGUUGGAAGCCGCUCAACGCGAACUUCGCGCUGCCAAUGCGGAACUGCAAAAGAUGAAGCACCUGUACGAGAAGGCUGUGGAACAGAAGGAAGCACUUGCCAGAGAGAACAAGAAACUCCACGACGAGCUUCACGAGGCUAAGGAGGCUCUUGCUGAUGCGAACCGCAAACUGCACGAGCUUGACCUAGAAAACGCCCGCCUCGCUGGUGAGAUCCGUGAACUACAGACCGCUCUCAAGGAAGCCGAUGCCCAACGCCGUGAUGCCGAAAACCGCGCCCAGCGUGCUCUCGCUGAGCUCCAGGCGCUCCGUAUUGAGAUGGAACGCAGACUCCAAGAGAAGGAAGAAGAAAUGGAAGCUCUUCGCAAGAACAUGCAAUUCGAGAUUGACCGCUUGACCGCUGCUCUGGCUGAUGCUGAGGCCCGCAUGAAGGCGGAGAUCUCUCGUCUAAAGAAAAAGUACCAGGCCGAGAUUGCCGAACUUGAAAUGACCGUUGACAACUUGAACCGUGCUAAUAUUGAAGCCCAGAAGACAAUCAAGAAACAAUCUGAACAGCUCAAGAUUCUCCAAGCCACUCUCGAAGAUACUCAACGCCAACUCCAACAAGUCCUCGACCAAUACGCUCUUGCUCAACGCAAGGUUGCUGCACUUUCUGCUGAACUUGAAGAAGCUAAGACCGCCCUUGACAACGCUAUCCGUGCACGCAAACAAGCUGAGAUCGAUCUCGAAGAGGCCAAUGGACGCAUAGCCGAUCUUACUGCCAUCAACAACAACCUUACUUCGAUCAAAAACAAACUCGAAACCGAACUCUCCACCGUUCAGGCCGAUCUCGAUGAGGUCACAAAGGAACUGCAUGCUGCCGACGAGCGCGCCAACCGUGCCCUUGCUGAUGCAGCGCGCGCUGUCGAACAACUGCACGAGGAACAAGAACACUCGAUGAAGAUUGAUGCCCUUCGCAAGUCUCUCGAGGAGCAGGUGAAACAAUUGCAAGUACAGAUCCAGGAAGCCGAAGCCGCUGCCCUUCUCGGAGGAAAGCGUGUUAUUGCCAAGCUCGAGACCCGUAUUCGAGACCUCGAAACCGCUCUCGAUGAGGAGACCCGCAGGCACAAAGAGACACAAAACGCUCUGCGCAAGAAGGACCGCCGCAUCAAAGAGAUCCAGCAGUUGGUGGAUGAGGAGCACAAGAACUUUGUCAUGGCCCAAGAUACUGCCGACCGUCUCCAGGAGAAGUUGAAUAUCCAGAAGAGGCAACUUGCCGAAGCUGAAUCAGUGACGAUGGCGAACCUGCAGAGAGUGAGACGAUACCAGCACGAGCUAGAGGAUGCCGAAGGACGUGCCGACCAGGCAGAAUCCAGCCUGCACCUGAUUCGCGCCAAGCACCGCUCAUCUGUUGUUACCGGAAAGGCCGGAGCUAGCAAGGUUUACGUGAUGGAGGACGAUUUCUAA